CGCCUGAGGGGGCGCCUCCGGCCGCGCGGUGCCCGCCGGGAUCCAGGAAGGCAGGUGUAGAGAAUAUCCAGGUAGUGACUGCAGUUCCACCUCUGGUUUGGCAGCCAUGCAUCAUGGGCGAACUACUGGUAAAGGGCCCUCCACUCUCACGCAGAUUUACCAGCAACCUCCGCAGCUUCUCAUUGUGCAUAUUGCUCUGCCCUCCUGGGCUGACAUCUGCUCCAACCUCUGUGAUGCUCUGCAGAACUUUUUCUCUCUAGCCUGCAGCUUGAUGGGCCCCAGCCGUAUGUCCCUAUUCAGCUUAUACAUGGUACAAAAUCAGCACGAGUGCAUCCUCCCUUUUGUGCAAGUGAAAGAGAACUUCACUAGGUUACAGGCCUGCAUCUCAGAGCUCCGCAUGUUACAGAGAGAAGGUUGUUUCAGACCACAAGGUACUUCUCUGCCACUGGCAGUAGAGGAUGGGCUCCAGCAAUUCAAACAAUACAGCAAACAUGUGACCAUAGGUGCAGCUCUGACCUACACUUCCCUGGAGAUUACUGUUCUGACUUCCCAGCCUGGAAAAGAGGUGGUCAAACAAUUGGAGGAAGGGUUGAGAAAUACAGACCUAGGGAGGGUCAGAAGGCUUCAGGUUGUUGAGGUCACAAAGGGAAUCCUAGACUGUAUGGACUCAGCAUCUCCUAUUGAAGAGCCCAGCAAUGAUGAGAGUUCUAUCCUGGGAACUGACAUUGACCUUCAGACUAUAGACAAUGAUAUUGUCAGCAUGGAGAUUUUCUUCAAAGCCUGGCUACAUAACAGUGGAACAGACCAAGAACAUAUCCAUCUUCUUUUUCCUUCACCAUGUUUCAGCAACAUUUCCAGAGCCAGAGAUAAUCCAAUGUGCCUGAAAUGUGAUCUCCAAGAGCGACUUCUCAGCCCUUCCCUGCUCCCUGGAACAGCUGAUGGCUCCUUGAGAAUGGAUGACCCCAAGGGAGACUUCAGCACUCUCUACCACAUGGCUUCCCAAUCAUCAGCCUCUCGUUACCAGCUCCAAGUGGUCAAGGCUCUAAAAUCUAGUGGAGUCUGUGAGUCAUUGAUGUAUGGACUCCCAUUCAUCCUCAGACCCACAAGCUGUUGGCAGCUGGACUGGGAUGAGCUGGAGACAAACCAGCAGCAUUUCCAUGCUUUGUGUCACAGCCUGCUGAAAAGAGACUGGCUGCUGUUGGCCAAAGGGGGACCCCUGAGCCUAGGACACAGACACAGAGCCCCCGCAAACACCUUCUAUGUGAUAAUGCCAUCACGCUCCCUCACUCUGCUGGUGAAGGCGGUGGCCACGCGGGAACUGGUGCUGCCCAGUCCCUUCCCCUUGCUACCUGAGGACCCACCUGAUGACAGCCUUAAAACUGUGGAGAGCAUGCUGGACAGCCUGGAGCUAGAGCCCACUUACAACCCCUUGCAGGUUGGGAGCCAUUUGUACUCACACCUGAGCAGCACCUUCGGCAAGCCUCAAGGGCGGCUCCACCCAAACUGGGAGAGUCGGGCCCUGAGAAAGGCUGGGCAGUUGCAGACCAACCGAGUUCGAGCGACAGUGGCCCCCCUGCUUAUGACUCCAGCCCCAGGCAGAGCCCCCAAGAUGCCAGCAGCAAGCAAACCUUCCUCAGAAGCUGCCUUCUUGCCUUCUGAACCCUAAGUCACCAGUGCCAGAGCCCAGCUGUCCUGUACAACCACAUCUGUGCUAAGGCUUACACAAUGGCUGUCUGUGGUCAGACCUGCCUUCUAUCCACCUGAGGCUGUGUGUGCUCUGGGUGACUGGAAAACAGAGCCUUUCCCUCCUCCGCCCUCAGUGCUGUCACCUCCCCAACUCCUCAGGCCAGGAAGUGACACACCCCAACCUGUCCCUCCUCCAGCAGGAACUCUUGUUCUCUUGGAUCAUUCGAUACAGUUAACACAGAUAAAGGUUAAACACCCAGAAGGCCUCCAUCAUUGUUAGGAGCAUUCCCAGCCCAGAAUUUCUCCUUGUAGCUCUGUGUAAGCAGAUGGAUGGGGUCAGGUCACCCGCAGGAAACUGAGCCUCAGGAACAAGGAUGAGGUUUUCAGAGUUCAUGAAAAAGAAGCAGGAUUGACAUGCAAGCCUCAUUCCUUCCCAAUGCACCCACCACACUACAGUUCCCUUUAGUCUCCAAACAGCCAAGUGCUUGGUGCUUGGUACCUAGAUGCAAAGUGUAUGGGUGGGGAGGGGAGGCUGUCAUAUACAUAACAGGGGGGAG